GCACACGUGCUUUUAGUAUUUUCGUCCAAUACGUCUUCCUACCCAUUCUGCACUUCUCUUUCGUUCCCACCCAUGCACCGCAAGCUCCCGCCAUUAACUCACCUCACACUCCGCUCCGCCUCCUCCUCAGCCGCCGCCUCCGCUUGCUCGCCACCACCUAGCCGCCUCCCUCCUCCGGUCCCACUCCGCGACCUCCUCGCCCACCGGCUCCCGCCUCCCCGUCCGCCCUCGCCUCCGGCCCCGCACCCUCACGCCGACAUCCUCCUCCUGCUCCGCCGCCGCGGCGACGCUACCUCCCCGGAGCGCCUCCACGUCGAUCUCGUCAAGCGGGGCCUCUACGAUGACCUCUUCCUCGCUAACCACCUCGUCAACUCCUACGCUAAGGGCGCGCGCCUGGCCGCGGCGCGCCUGGUGUUCGACGAAAUGCCCGAUCGUAACGCCGUCUCCUGGACUUGCCUCGUCUCCGGGUACGUGCUUCAGGGUCUCGCCGACGAGGCCUUCCAGGUGUUCCGUGCCAUGCUUCGAGAGGUGGAUCCCGGCUGCAGGCCCACGUCCUUCACCUUCGGGACUGUGCUCCGGGCGUGCCAGGAUGGGGGACCCGACCGGCUGGGCUUUGCGACACAAGUCCACGGGUUGGUGUCGAAGACAGAGUAUGCGUCCAACACCACUGUGUGCAAUGCCCUGAUCUCGAUGUAUGGUAGCUGCGCUGUUGGUCCGCCGAUCCUAGCGCAGCGGGUCUUUGAUGGCACGCCAGUCAGGGACUUGAUCACAUGGAACGCCAUGAUGUCUGUGUAUGCUAAGAAAAGGGAUGUGAUUUCAACGUUCACGCUGUUCACGGAUAUGCAGCGAGAUGAUUCCAGUAUUCAGCUGUGGCCAACAGAGCAUACCUUUGGUAGUUUGAUCACCGCGACAUCUCUGUCUUGGUGCAGCUCUAGUGUGCUUGACCAAGUAUUCGUGAUGGUGCUCAAAUCUGGUUGUUCUAGUGACCUCUACGUGGGUAGUGCUCUGGUUAGUGCAUUCGCAAGACAUGGCUUGCUUGAUGACGCCAAGGAUAUUUUCCUCAGUUUGAAAGAAAGAAAUGCAAUUACUUUGAAUGGUUUAAUGGUGGGUUUGGUGAAGCAACACUGUGGUGAAGAAUCAGUAGCUAUUUUCGUGGGGACAAGGGAUUCAGUUGCUGUUAACGUGGAUACAUAUGUUGUGCUACUCAGUGCCAUAGCUGAAUAUUCUGUAUCAGAAGAAGGGUUGAGGAGAGGUAGGGAAGUCCAUGGGCAUAUGCUUAGAACUGGUAUUACUGACAUGAAAAUUGCUGUUAGUAAUGGUUUGGUUAAUAUGUAUGCCAAAUGUGGUGCCAUCGAUGAUGCCUCAAAAGUAUUUCAGCUAAUGGAAACGCGGGAUAGGAUUUCAUGGAACACCAUCAUCUCAGCUCUUGAUCAGAACAAUAAUUGUGAAGAAGCAAUAAUGCAUUACUGUCUGAUGAGACGAGGUUGCAUAAGCCCAUCAAACUUUGCAGCCAUUAGUGGCUUGAGUUCCUGUGCAAGUUUGAGACUUUUAGCUGCAGGUCAGCAAGUGCAUUGUGAUACUGUUAAGUGGGGCCUAGAUUUAGAUACUUCUGUUUCAAAUGCACUGGUUAAAAUGUAUGGAGAGUGUGGAGCUAUGUCAGAGUGCUGGAAGAUUUUCAACUCUAUGACUGAACAUGAUGAAGUUUCUUGGAACUCUAUUUUGGGGGUAAUGGCAAGUUCACAAUCACCUGUUUCUGAAACUGUGGAAGUUUUCUCCAAUAUGAUGAGGGGUGGUUUGAUCCCAAAUAAAGUUACAUUUGUAAACUUACUGUCUGCUUUGUCUCCGUUGUCUGUUCUUGAAUUGGGGAAGCAGGUUCAUGCUUUAGUGCUGAAGCAUGGAGUUACAGAAGAUAAUGCCAUAGAUAAUGCACUCAUAUCAUGCUAUGCGAAAUCUGGAGAGAUGGAUUCCUGUGAGCAUCUCUUCUCAAAGAUGUCUAGCAGAAGGGACGCCGUCUCAUGGAAUUCUAUGAUUUCAGGGUACAUUUACAAUGGCCAUCUGCAGGAGGCUAUGGACUGUGUUUGGCUUAUGGUACACACUGGUCAAAUGAUGGAUUGCUGCACUUUCUCCAUUAUACUAAAUGCAUGUGCCUCUGUGGCAGCAUUGGAGCGUGGUAUGGAGAUGCAUGCUUUUGGCAUUAAGUCACACUUGGAAUCAGAUGUUGUGGUCGAGAGUGCUCUUGUGGAUAUGUACUCCAAGUGUGGAAGGGUGGAUUAUGCCUCAAAGGUUUUCAAUUCCAUGACUUUGAGAAAUGAGUUCUCAUGGAACUCUAUGAUUUCUGGUUAUGCAAGACAUGGUCUUGGAAGGAAAGCCCUUGAGAUAUUUGAGGAAAUGCAGCGCAGCAGAGAAAUUCCAGACCAUGUCACCUUUGUUAGCAUACUAUCUGCAUGUAGUCAUGCUGGAUUAGUGGAAAGAGGUUUAGAAUACUUUGAAAUGAUGAGGGAUCAUGGUAUUCUACCUCAGAUUGAACAUUAUUCUUGUGUCAUAGACCUUCUCGGACGAGCUGGUAAGCUUGACAAGAUAAAAGAGUACAUACAAAGAAUGCCAAUGAAACCAAAUGCUUUAAUAUGGAGGACUGUUUUAGUUGCUUGCCGACAGUCAAAAGAUGGGGCUAAGGUUGAUUUGGGGAGAGAAGCUUCAAGGAAGCUUUUGGAAAUAGAGCCUCAAAAUCCUGUAAACUAUGUUCUUGCAUCUAACUUUCAUGCAGCUACAGGAAUGUGGGAAGAUACAGCCAAAGCCCGAGCUGCAAUGAGGCAAGCAACAGUGAAAAAAGAGGCUGGUCGCAGUUGGGUAACGCUGAACGAUGGAGUCCAUACUUUCAUUGCUGGAGAUAGAUCACAUCCAAACACCAAGGAAAUAUAUGAAAAGCUGAAUUUUUGAUACAAAAUAUAAGGAAU